AUGUGUGCAGUUGGUGCUCAACAUCAAACCUUGCAACAAAUCCUAGACACACUCGAAUUCUCGUCAACAGAAGAGCUGGUCAAGGCGUGUGAGGAGAUUCUCAGCACCUUUUCUAUUGUCGGCCAAGAUCAAUCGAUUCAGGUGAAACUAGCCAAUCGUCUUUACGCACAGCAAACAUGUAAACUCGAACAAGAUUAUUUAAAACUUAUUCGGACAUCUUUCCUAGCUGAUAUGCAACUGGAAGAUUUCAAGAACGACAAUAUCAAAGUUGCGCACGAAAUCAAUGCCUGGGUGGAACAACAAACGAAUAACUUAAUAAAGGAUUUACUUUCGCCAAGUGACAUAUCAGCUGACACACGGUUGCUCAUCGUCAAUUGUAUUUAUUUUAAAGGCACGUGGGAAGAACAAUUUCGCGAAUCUGUAACUGAUCGCAAUGCGAAUUUCCAUGAAACUAAUGGAACGAUAUCGAAAGUUGAAUUGAUGCAUCAGAAAGAAACAUUUGCUUAUGCAGAAAACUCAUCACUAGGAAUACAAAUCGCUCACCUUCCAUAUAAAAGCAGUGGCGAAAAUAUUCGAUUUGUUUUUACAAUUGUCUUACCGAAAGAAGGUGUUUCAUUGUCUGAAGUCGAAAACAAAUUCGCGUCAAAACCGAGUUUAUUACAAAAUGUGCUCAAUAGUCACAACGCGACACCAAGGGAAUUGCUAUUACACGUGCCAAAGUUCAAGAUGGAAACUUCAUUUGACUAUGAAUCUGUUUUGGCGCAAUUAGGAAUGCGGGAUGCAUUUGAUGGAAACAAAGCAGAUUUUACUGGUAUUGUCGGUAAAUUCGAUGGUCAAUCUCGGCUAUUUAUAGACAAGGUUAUUCACAGAGCAUUGAUUGACGUGAAUGAGCAAGGUACUGAGGCAGCUGCUGCUACAAUCGUCAGAGUGGUGCUCACUUGCGCAAGACGACGGAAACCGCAGCCGAUCUUAUUUCGAGCUGAUCGACCAUUUUUAUUUUAUAUCCGUGAAACUCGUCUGUCUUUUUGCAAUCGAAAAUUUCAGCCAACACUCUGUCGACUUCGAAUUGAUGAAAAUCUCUUUCUCUCGCCCGCCAGUAUUGCCUUAGCUUUGUCAAUGUGUGCAGUCGGGGCUCGACAUGAGACCUUAAAACAAAUGCUCGAUGUACUCGGAUUUCGAUCGAUCGAAGGCUUGAUCAAGACAUCCGAACAAGUUCUCAACGCAUUUUCUGUUGUCAGUCAAGAUCGAUCAAUUCAGAUAAAACUGGCCAAUCGUCUUUAUGUACAGAAGUCAUAUCAAGUCGAACGAGACUAUCUAGAACUGAUUCAAAAAUCGUUCUCGUCGGAUGUUCAAUUCGAAGACUUCAAAAUUGAAUUAACGAGAACCACUUCAAAAAUCAAUGCUUGGGUGGAACAGCAAACUGAUCAGCUCGUAAAUCGCACACUUUUGCCUGAUGACAUUCCAAAAGAUGCAGGAUUAAUUGUCAUUAGUUGUGUCUAUUUCAAAGGAACGUGGGAGAGUAAGUUUAACGAAGAAUUGACUGAUUACAAUGCAACUUUUUACGAAACAAACGGAACAACAUCGAAAGUGACCUUGAUGCAUCAAAGAGAGAAGUUUCUGUAUGCGAGAGAUAAAUCACUACGUGCACAAAUCGUCCAUAUUCCUUACAAACAUAACAGCAAGGAUGUUCAACUUGUGUUCACAAUCAUUUUACCUAAGGCAGCUGCCCCCAUACAUAGACUUGAGAAAAAAUUCACCUCAAGACCUCAGCUGUUACAGAAUGCGCUGAAACUAGAGAACACAAAAUCACGAGAUUUAUUAUUACAUGUGCCAAAGUUUAAAAUUGAAAGCACCUUUGAGUUGAAAUCUAUUUUGCAACGACUGCGAAUGAAAUACCCGUUUGAUCAAAACAUCGCUAAUUUCACUGGCAUCGUGGAUACGCAGGAUGCUGGAUCUCGACUGCUUAUCGACAAGGUAAUUCACAAGGCAGUUAUUGAUGUAAACGAACAAGGUACCGACAGUGAUGCUGUUCGAGCCUUUCCGGCAUCCGAAGCAAUAACUUUUGAAGGACCAUGGAAGAAACAUACGACUGUGUUUCGAGCUAAUCGACCAUUUUUAUUUUACAUUCGAGAAGUUCGUCAAAACGUGACGUUAUUCGCUGGGAAAUUUGGUAACAGUGAGAUUUUGUCGUCAUAA